UGUUACGAGUAUAUGCCUUCUUCAUGCUCUCUGACUUUGUCUGACUUUGUGUUUUUCUUGUCAGAUUGGUUCAUUUCAUGCAACACGUCUAUUAAGCAUAAUUUUAUCAAUACUGGAGGUUGCACAAGGAAAGAUGUGUUCUUUAAACAAUUGCUUAUUUGAUGGUAGCGAUGAUGGUAUACCUGAAAACAGAAAAAAAGAUUUACCGUCAGAUAUGAUACUAUGCAGAAAAUGCAAACAUGAAAACGCCAAUAUUUUAUUAGUUGGUCAAAGUGGUUAUUGCAAAGCUUGUUUCUUGAAUGUUACAAACCACAAGUUUAGAGCUGCACUUGGUAAAUCUAAAAUUAUUCGCCGUGGUGACAAAAUACUGAUCAAUCACUCUGGAGAAUUAAAUUCCACUGUGCUCUUACAUCUCAUUAAAGCUGGCAUGAGUGAAUCUGCUCACAAAAGACUUAUUUUUGAGAUAGUAAUUUUGUAUGUAGAUGAUAAUAUGCAAAAAACCAAUGAAAGGGACAUGCUGCGACAUAAAAUUGCUGAGGAAACAAAAGCUUCAGGAUUUAACAGUUACGCUGUAUCAAUGAGUCAAGUUUUAAACGAAGAAGAUACUCUGGAUAUAAAACCGAUGGAUCAAGAGAUAAAUUAUGAAAAUGAUAAUCGACUGCAUGCGAUAUUGGCUAAUUUAUCGGAUAAUACCUCAAGGACGGAUUUUCUUAAUCAGUUACGUCGAAGACUACUACUAUCGGCAGCUCGCAAACUUAAUUGUAAUAAGAUAUUUGUAGCUGAUUCUGCUGCAGACAUUGCUACAAAGGUGCUUGGAGAUGUAUGCUUAGGACGAGGCGCGCAACUUUCCAUGCAAGCAAACUUUUGUGACACUCGAUGUGUCGACAUUAAGAUACUCAAACCGAUGAGAGAUUUUACACAGCCGGAAUUGGUAUAUUAUUCAAAGUACCAUAAGAUAAGUCCUGUUAAAUCAACACAAGCUAGUAUAACGGCAACUUCUAUACAGGCAUUAGCAUGCAAUUUUGCAAUGGAACUGGAAUCUCAAUUUUCUGGUACAAUAUCCACCGUAUUCCGCACAGCCGAUAAAAUAAGCCCAAGGAGCAACGUACAGCAAAGUAUAGAAGAUAAUUGUGUUCUUUGUGAUGCAAGAUUGGACUUUGUCCCUUCUGGCAAUGAAGUGACUGCCAUGAGGGCGAUCGAGGUUUCCAAAUUGGUAUCUUCUAAAUGUAGUAAUACAAUAAGUUCUAAUAAUGAAGAAAACGGAGUAUCACAUACAAAUUACCUUUUUAUGCACUCGGACAACAAUGGAUGUUGUAACGAUAAUGUCGAUUGUAAUUGUGAGAACAAUAGAAAGAGACAAGUAACUACAGAAGACAUUUGGAGGCAUCUCUGUUAUAGUUGUAGACGGAUAUUUCAAAAUUCGGAUAUUUUACACAACUUACCAUUACCAUUGUUAUUCACCGUUCAACAACGAACAGCUUUAAAAAAAAUGAGAGAGAAAAUUAAUGAUUUCUUGUUAUGA